AACCCGGAGUCGCACGAGGUCUUGGCCUGCAAGUGAAGUGAGAAGAGGGAGAGAGACACACACACAGCCAGAGACAGAGAGAGAGAGAGAGAGAUCUGUCCUGGGGGGCGAGGGCAGAGACGGUAGGAGAGACACAGGCAGACGGAGAGAUUAGGAGUCCCGGACACAGACACUCACAGACACACACACACACACACACACACACACACACCCCAGAGAACGGUCCUGACCCCCGGUGGUCCCUGCAGCCCCUUUCUCUCCCGCUGUCACUCUCUCCCGCCCUUUCUCCCCAGCCCCUUCCCCGGGCUUGCGGCCCCUCCCCGGCCCGGGCCCUGACGACCACCCCCCAGCCCCCCGACCCCACCACGCACCAUGUUUCUGCUCGUCGCCUCCCUGCUGCAGCUGGUCCAGAUUGCAGCCGCGGCCCGGGAUUCCCACUGGACCUACGAAGGCCCUCACGGGCAGGACCACUGGCCGGCAAGUUACCCCGACUGCGGGGGCGGUUCCCAGUCGCCCAUCGACAUCCGCACGGACGGCGUCGUGUUCGACCCGGCGCUGGCCCCCCUGCAGCCGGAGGGCUACGACCGGCCCGGCCCGGAGCCCCUGGUCCUCAAGAACAACGGCCACACCGUCCAGCUGUCCCUGCCGUCCACCCUGCGCCUCGGUGGCCUCCCGGUGACCUACGCGGCCGCCCAGCUCCACCUGCACUGGGGCCAGCCCGGACAGCCCGGGGGCGCCGAGCACCGCAUCGACGGCAGAGCCAGCGCCGCCGAGCUGCACGUGGUUCACUACGACUCGGACACCUACGGGAGCCUGCAGGAGGCCGCGCCCCAGCCCCUGGGCCUGGCGGUCCUCGGGGUCCUCAUCGAGGUGGGGGACGGUGACAACGAGGCCUACGAGCACAUCCUGAGCCACCUGCAGGAAAUCCGGCGGAGAGGGGAGGAGACGGAGGUGGAGCCUUUCGACGUGUCGGGGCUCCUUCCGCCGGACCUGGGGGCGUAUUACCGCUACAACGGCUCGCUCACCACGCCCCCCUGCUACCAGAGCGUCCUCUGGACCUUGACCCGUCACCCCGUCCAGCUGUCCCCCGGCCAGCUGGAGCGGCUGCAGCUGGUGCUGUUCUCCACGGGGGACGAGGAUCCCGGGCCCCCCCUGCCCCUGGUCCACAACUUCCGGGACCCGCAGCCCCUCAACUCCAGACGAGUCACCGCCUCCUUCCCCGACGAGGGCUCCUACUCCAUCGGCAAGCGGGCGGCCCUGGGGCUGGGGGUCCUGGCCGGCGCCGGCGCCCUCGUCGUCGCCCUCCUCUUCGUCGUCGGGAAGAUUCGGAGGAAGCGGAGGGAAGACCCCAAGAGCGUCGUGUUCACCUCCUCCAGGAGGACCAACGCUUAGCUGUAGAAGCAGCCCCUCGCGCAGGGGGCAGCCCGGGGGGGGGGGGGGAGCGGAGGGAGGAGCGGCCCCGGCCGGGUCAGCGGCAGAGGCGCCGAGGUGGGG